AUUUCGACGGUAACGAAUAAAAGAGAGCAACGUCAAAGAGAGCUUCCCUCCCUCUCCUUUUGCUUCUCUCAUCGUCUCUCUUCCCCUUCAUCUCUGUGUUUCUUUUCUUGUUUCAUCUCACACGUUCUCUUUUUCUCUAGCGCUAUUUCUCUCUUGCCACUCAUCGUUUUCUCUCUCUUUAAUUAUUUCUCUCUCUUGCUCUCUUUCUCCCUCUUUCUCACUUGCUCUCACUUGCUCCUUUCCUCAGUCCCUCCUCCCCCCUCUCAGACUCCCCUCCCCAGGUCUCUGGUGGAUGACAUCACAAACAGCCGGUAUAAAUCGUCCACUAGCAACGGAUCAGUGUCCUGACUAAGUCCCUCGUCUCUCUUCCUCUCGUGCUCUCUCAGUCUUUCACUCUCGCGCUCUCAUUCCUUUACACUCUCUCAACUCCCUGCACUAGUCAUGGAUGCUUUUGUUGGAAAAUGGAAGCUGAUGACCAGUGAGAAUUUUGAUGAGUACAUGAAGGCCAUUGAUGUGCCACUUAUAACCCGAAAGGCGGCGGUCGCGUUAAAGCCUAAACUGAUCAUCAAGGUGGAAGGUGAUACCAUCGAACUCACACUUGAGAGCACCUUUAAGACCACCGUGAUCAAAUUCAAACUCGGUGAGGAGUUCGAUGAGACCACCGGCGAUGGGCGCGAUGUCAAGUCUAUCAUGACGCUUGAGGAGACUGAAGGAAAACCGCCCAAACUGGUGCACGUGCAGAAGUGGGAAGGCAAGGAGACGUCCCUAGUGAGGGAAGUCACCGGAGACAAACUCAAACUGACUCUGACGUUUGGUAAGGUUGAGAGCAUACGCCACUAUGAGAAGUGUUAAUGAAAGAUCAUGCAUCUCCAACCCACCCUUACUGCUCAGCCAUCAGAGGACAGAGGUCUCCCACCUGGGUCCAACACUCUGCUACGGGAGUCCUGCUACCCCCCCCCCCCCACACACUAUUUUUACUGCCGUCUCUAUAAAUGCUGAAUAAACUUUCCUAACUUUGA